AUGUUGUGCUUUAAACCAAGAGGAUAUCCGGGGCGAGCCCUGCAGCAGGCUAUCCAAACCCGCUUCUCUGGACCCCCCCGCCAACUGUCCUCGAAACCCAACCACCCAGAUGCCGAUGUCAUCGUCGUCGGCGCCGGGGUAGCAGGCGUGACAGCCAGCAUCGCCGCAGCGGAGAAAGGCGCCUCAGUAGUCCUGCUCGACGACGCACACGGCGGCGGCGCAACAGCCCUAUCCGGAGGCGUCGUCUACGCGGGCGGAGGCACAUCAUACCAAAAAGCCGUCGGAUACGGCGACGACACACCAGAGAACAUGUUCCGGUACUUGAAAGCCGAAACACGCGACGCCGUCGAUGAAGACACGCUGCGCCGGUUCUGCAAUGAGAGUGCCUCUCGUAUUGAAUGGCUGGAGUCGCGCGGGGUGAAAUUCGAGGCGUCGCUGUGUCCUCAUAAAACGAGCUUUCCGUCCGAUAAACACUAUCUUAUCUUUUCAGGGAAUGAGAAGGUGUAUCCAUACAACACAGUGGCGACGCCGGCGCCGAGGGGGCAUCGGGUUGUUGGGCGUGGGUUGUCUGGGGAUCAACUGUGGAAGCCGCUGUUUCGCAGUGCCCUGGAUGCAGGCGUGAAAUUUCUACCGGCAGCCAAGGUCGAUCGUAUACUUGUCAAUGAAGAUGGGUCUGCAAAGGGUAUCGACUUUAAAUGCCUCCAGGCCACAGGCAAGGGCUUUUCUCGACAUCGAACCCUGACUUCAGUCGGGAAGGCAUUCCAGCUUGCAUUUCCAGGCGUCGCGGACUGGUUCCUGAGUCGGGCGGAUCGUAUAUGGAACCGAGACGCUUUGGCAAUGUCUCUCAAGGCCCCUGCUGUAAUUCUGGCUGCGGGUGGUUUUACCUUCAACGAGGAUAUGCGACAGCAAUACCUCCCGCAAUACUCGCAGGUUGCGCCACUAGGAACGAGAGGCGAUGACGGGUCGGGGAUACGCCUGGGACAGUCUGUCGGUGGCUCAGUAGACAAAAUGGACAACAUGUCUGCGUGGCGAUUCCUGUAUCCCCCGACGGCGCUUCUUGAGGGCGUUAUUGUCUCGCAGUCCGGGCAGCGCUUCGUAUGCGAGGACAUCUACGGUGCGUUUCUAACAGACAGGAUGGUCAGAGAUCACAACGGCAGGGCAUACCUCAUUCUAGACUCUUCGCAGCGGGACAAGGCGACGAAGCAGCUGCGUGAACAGACAAGGCCGGAAUUCUGCAUUCCACGACUCCAUUCGCUGAAAUGGGACCAUGUCAAGGCUUCAUCUCUCCAAGAUCUUGCCACAAAGCUAGACCUUCCUCCUACUGGGCUUCACAAUACUAUCACUUCAUACAACGAUGCAAUUGGGGAAGGAAAGCCAGACCCAAUGAAUAAACAUGCCGAAUUCUGCUCCCCAAUCGCCAAACCCCCGUUCUAUGCACUCGAUAUCUCCCCGCGACGGACCGGGCUCCAUGUUGUUCAUGGACUUACACUGGGGGGGUUGCGCGUGGACGGUAAAUCUGGAUUAGUUCUGCGAGGGGAUAAUACGACUAUUGGCGGUCUGUAUGCGGCUGGGAGGACUGCUGUUGGUAUCUGUUCGAAUAGCUAUGUGAGCGGGCUUUCUCUUGCUGAUGGGGUUUUUGCUGGUAUCAGGGCUGGUGAGCAUGCUGCGAGUCAUCUACAACGUAGUUCAUUUGAACAGUAG